AUGACAGUGGAACAACAGAUCUGGGGCAAGGGGAUCAACAAGUUCCAGACCAUAUCGCUCUCUUUCCCUUCUCUCUUCUCUUCCUCCAUCGCACUCUACAACCUCAACCGCAACCUCGACCACAACUCAAGAUCACCACUAUCACCCACCACAUCAACAAUCUCAUUAAAAGCUACCGCACUCUCUAUCAACCACCAGAACAUCAUGGCUACCAUCCCGGACAUCGCUUUCCGCGCCGUCGGCCAAAUCGGCUUCUGGAAGUCCGCCCUUGAUGGAGUAAAGGAAACCUACCCAACUCUCCGAAACGACGCUCCCCGCCGCCAGCCAACUUACCUCCCACCGCCCCUCCCCGUGGAGCAGAAGAUGCGCGAAAUCUACCGCUUCCAAUGGGCUGUAGAUGAAAGCAUCGUCUUCCUCCGGGACAACGCCACCAAUGUGGAGGAGGUGAUGGUCUUCCGGGUGGUUGAGUGGCUUGGCAAGAUUCAGCGAGAUGACACCGGUCGCAUUCAACGCAUUAUCUGGACUCUUGACCCCGAGCGCCUCCGUCGGGAGCUCCGGGACGGCCAUGCCCAUCUCGUUAAUGGGCAGGCUCGCGUGGGCCCUGCCCCUAGCGCUACUGCUGGUGCCAAUGCUGGCUCGAACUCUCGUGCCAAUACCGGCGGUGCUGCUGGCGAUGCUGCUCGUGGUAGCUGA